UUAUCCCCAAAGUCCCACCUGAACCGCCAAUUUAUUUUUUAUUUUUUUAAUCUGGCAAUUUCCCGAUUUUUCUCACCGUACCACCAUGACCACCGCCGUUCUGACUCUAUUAUCUCCUCCUCGUCUCGCCACCGAAAUUAAAGGACGACCGCAUCCUAUCCCAAACUCGAAUCCUUCGAAACUCCAACACAUUCGCAGCAUCCCUAAAAUCACCUGCUCGUCCAUCACCACCCAAUCACAAUCAGCCAAGCAAGACCUUCUCAAUCUCAUCUCAGACCAAGAUCGAGGCCUCAAAACCCAAAAAGACCCUGAAAAACGCGAUGCAAUCGUCAAAGCGAUCGACGCUAUGGCCAAUCUAGGCCGCAACACUGUGACUACUGGCGAUUCCCUCUCCGCCACGUGGCGGCUUCUAUGGACAACGGAGAAAGAGCAACUCUUCAUCAUAGAGAAAGCUUACCUGUUUGGUACUCAAGCUGGCGACGUCUUGCAGGUCAUAGACGUCGAUAAGAAGACUCUGAAUAACGUCAUAACGUUUCCGCCUGAUGGAGUUUUCUUCGUCCGAUCCGCCAUUGAGAUUGCUUCAUCUCAGAGAGUGAAUUUCAAAUUUACGAGUGCGGUUCUAAGGGGAUCAAACUGGGAGAUUCCGCUUCCACCGUUUGGGCAGGGUUGGUUUGAGACCGUCUAUCUUGAUGAUGAGAUUCGAGUUGUGAAAGAUAUCAGAGAUGAUUACUUGAUUGUCGAGCAUGCUCCAUAUAACUGGAAAGAAUGAAGCCCAGGGAUCUUAAGUCUCAUUAUAAUCAUUAUCUGCAGGAUUCAUGGUCUCUUCCCUUUUAUGCUGUUCAUAAUUGAACAAAUUUAUACAGUAGAUGUGAAUAUUUUCAGGAGUCCGAGAGCAAUCUUAUACCAGCUGAUAAUCAUGCGUAGUGGUGUUUCUAAUUCAAUUUUUACAAAA